CACUCAGAUCGGAGCCCAAACCAAGUAUCCAAAUUAGGGUUUCAACUUUGCGUCUUUCGGCGAAUGAAAAAUCGUAUCUAGGUUUAAAAGGAGCUCCAUGUAAACGAUUCAAGAUCGCCUCUCCUCUUCACCGUCUUAGAACCUCCAGCCCCAGAGGUAUAUCCUCAGCUUCCUUGUUUAUCUAUUGUUGUACAGGAGUAAUUCUUAUAGAAUUGCCUGGAUUCUUCGGUUUCAAUGAUAAUCCCCACAAUUGCUUCUAAUUUCUCACUCAACCCUUCUCUCUUUCCUCUCAAAACUACUUCAAUUUCUCGUCACACUGUCCUAUCCCGUCACCAAAUCCCUCUUUCAUUUCCCUCAAAAGUCCAAGCUUUCAACCCCAAGCCGGCUCUCAAGUUUCCUACUCUUUCCGGGAAACGUUUGGGGCUUUCUCGCAAGGGAAAAUCCGAGUUUUAUGUUAAUGCUGGAAAUAGAGGAGAAGAUGGCGGCGCUGAUGAAGCAGACAGAUUGGCAACAGGAGAGGGUACAAUGCCUGAGAGGUUCAGAUACUUGACCAAAGAAGUUCCUGGGCCUCCUCUUAGGUGGCCUUUAUUUGUUGCACUGGCAUUCCUUCUCUAUGCAUGGAGGGCAGUUUUGUUGGAGCUUUCUAAUUGGAGAAAGGCUGCUUUUGGUGUUGUUCGUUUUGUGGGAUACCUCUUGAAACUCGCACUUGCCCUUAUUUUCCAUUUCAUAGGAGAUCCAAUCACUUCUAUGAUCAGAUGUAUAGAGACAGUGAUCUACAGUAUUAGAGCUUUCUACUCUGGGAUUGUGGCAUAUGCCCCUGUUCGUGAACUGACAGUGAUCGUUGUGCUUGCAUCAGCAGUUCUUGCCAUUGCUGAGGCUACUGUUCCAAACUCCAUGAGCUGUCAACCAUAUAUGCUCACAUUAUCUGGUCUAAUUGGCUAUGCAGCUGUGACUGGCUACAUUUCUGAGCCACUCUACUGGACUCUUCUAUUGGGGUUAUAUGGUUUCUCACGCAUAAUUAAAAAGCGUGAUGAUGUUACAUCAGCACUACCUGUUGCAGCUGUAAUGGCUGCCAUUGGGGAGCCUUGGGUUAGGAUGCUGGUGAUAACUUCUUAUCUAGCUAUAGCUAUCUUUCACCAUUCAAAGAGGCUUUCAGAAGUAAAAGAGCAAACAGAAGGUGUAGCCAUAAAGAAGCGGCUCCCAAUGCCAUUAUUAGGUGCUGCCUUGACCAUUGGAAUCCAUCUUGCUGCUAAGUGGGCUGGUUAUCGGCAUUUGACAUGGAUGAUAGUAUGAGAGCAAAGUCUUUUUCACACUGUUUGUUACGACAAUGUUCUUUUGUCUGUUUUCUAAUGGCCAAUGUAGUAUCAUGUAUAUUUUGGGAAAUAAAUUUGUAGCCUGUUUAACU